AUGGCUGCUGAUACAUUAUCAGCUGAAGAUAAAGAAUUUUUAGCCAAAUGCGAGGAAGAAUUGAAAGAUAGAUUUACUGAGAAAGAUGUUGAUUAUAUGAAGGUUUUCAAUGAAUUGCCCUCCACACCACCUGUGUUAGACUCAUGGUGGGUUCCUAACUCAGGUCGUCGUAACAAUGACCGUCGUGGUAACAGACGCAACCAUCCUUACCAGCCGGACAAUAACAGAGAUCGCAAUAAUUAUGGGCGGCGCGACAACAGAGGUUACAAUGACUACUCCAACUACGACGACAGUUCCUCAGGAUACCGACCCCGACACAGAUAUCAGUACUGA